CUUUUCUCCUCCUCAAUCUUCUUCUUCUUCUGGUGGCAACUCUGCAUUGUUGGCUAAAUGUGUAGCCUCAUUUCGAAGUCACACUGGCACUUGGGGCAACUCUCUCUACCACCGCUUCACACAGGUAAGUGGAAGAAUGGAAUUGCGAAGGUGAAGAUGAGUGGGAGAAUGACGGUGGUGUGUAGGGGUAUGUUGAAACCCAGAAAGUUCAUGCAGAGGAGGAGGAAAUUGGAAGUUUUCAAGGACGCUGCUGAUGAAGCUGAUCAGAAGAAUUGGAGGAGAGUCAUGAACCAAAUCGACCAGACAGGUUCUGCUGUUUCCGUUUUCAUUUCUGAGAAAACAGAAGACCAAGCUGUUCCUAAAGACCUUGUUGUUGGUACCUUGGUUAGAUUUAAACAACUCAAGAGGUGGAACCUCGUGGUUGAGAUUCUUGAAUGGCUUCGGACUCAAAACUGGUGGGAAUUUGGUAAGAUGGAUUUCUUCAUGCUUAUCACGGCUUAUGGGAAGCUAGGAGACUUCAACAGUGCUGAGAAGGUCUUAGGCUUGAUGAAUAAGAAUGGUUACGCACCAAAUGUAGUGUCUCAGACUGCACUUAUGGAAGCAUAUGGAAGAGGAGGCAGAUACAAUAAUGCUGAAGCUAUAUUCCGUAGGAUGCAGAGAUCAGGCCCUGAACCUUCUGCUUUAACAUAUCAAAUAAUACUUAAAACAUUUGUUCAGGGGAACAAGUUUGAGGAAGCUGAAGAAGUAUUUCACAAUCUACUAAAUGAUGAAAAAUCACCUUUGAAACCGGACCAGAAGAUGUUUAACAUGAUGAUUUACAUGCAUAAGAAGGCUGGAAGUUAUGAAAAGGCUCGCAAGACAUUUGCUUUGAUGGCCGAACGGGGAAUUGAACAAUCUACAGUAACAUAUAAUAGCUUGAUGUCGUUUGAAGCAAAUUACAAGGAAGUUUCAAGCAUAUAUGAUCAGAUGCAAAGAGCUGAUCUCAGACCUGAUGUUGUGAGCUAUGCCUUACUCGUUAAUGCGUAUGGGAAGGCCAGGAGGGAGCAAGAAGCAUUAGCUGUAUUUGAGGAAAUGCUUGAUGCUGGUGUCAGACCAACUCGGAAGGCUUACAAUAUUUUACUUGAUGCAUUUUCUAUUUCGGGAAUGGUAGACCAAGCUCGGACAGUGUUUAAAAGCAUGAGAAGGGAUAGAUACAUGCCAGAUCUUUGCUCAUACACUACCAUGUUGUCGGCUUAUGUUAAUGCACUAGACAUGGAGGGUGCUGAGAAGUUCUUUAAAAGAUUGAUACAAGAUGGUUUUGAGCCUAAUGUUGUCACUUAUGGAACCUUAAUUAAAGGGUAUGCUAAGAUAAACGAUCUUGAGAAGGCAGUGGGAAAGUAUGAGGAAAUGCUUGGGCGGGGAAUCAAGGCCAAUCAAACAAUUUUGACCACUAUCAUGGAUGCAUAUGGAAAAAGUGGGGAUUUUGGCAAUGCUGUUCAUUGGUUUAAGGAAAUGGAUUCUAGUGGGAUUCCUCCUGAUCAGAAAGCUAAAAAUGUCCUUCUAUCUUUAGCAAAAACAGAUGAAGAAAGAAAAGAGGCUAAUGAACUCGUAGUGCAUUUCAGUGAAAAUAGUAGUUUACCUAAAGUUAAUGGCGUUGUUAGAUUCGUUGACGACGAAGAAGAGGAAGAUGAAGAAGAUAAUUAUGAAUAUUUUGAUGCCCAGCUGGCCAGGGCUUAUGAUUCCAUAGAGAUAAGUUGACGAGUGUCAAGUUAGACAAUCAUAGACACUAAAAAUUUUGUACACUUGUAAUUUUAGGGCCUCUGUAUUUUUGUGGUACUAUUAUAUUAUCAGGCAAAAGAAAGUAUCUCUGACAUAAUAACACACCAAAUAUUGG